AUGAUGGAGGAGGAGGAACUGGAGUUCGUAGAAGAGCUGGAAGCCGUGCUGCAGCUCACGCCCGACGUGCAGCUCGCCAUCGAGCAGGUAUUUCCAAGCCAGGAUCCUCUAGAUCGAGCAGAUUUCAAUGCUGUGGAGUAUAUCAACACCCUGUUCCCAACAGAACAAUCUCUGGCAAACAUUGAUGAAGUCGUGAACAAAAUUAGGCUGAAAAUAAGGAGACUGGAUGACAACAUUCGAACUGUUGUAAGAGGUCAAACAAAUGUGGGACAGGAUGGCAGGCAAGCACUUGAAGAGGCCCAGAAAGCGAUACAGCAGCUCUUCGGAAAAAUCAAAGAUAUCAAAGACAAAGCAGAAAAAUCAGAGCAAAUGGUAAAGGAAAUCACCCGCGACAUUAAGCAGUUAGAUCAUGCCAAACGCCACCUGACCACCUCGAUCACAACGCUGAACCACCUGCACAUGCUGGCGGGUGGCGUGGAUUCCCUCGAAGCCAUGACCAGGCGAAGGCAGUACGGAGAAGUUGCUAAUCUUCUUCAGGGCGUAAUGAAUGUUCUGGAGCACUUCCACAAAUAUAUGGGCAUUCCACAGAUUCGGCAGCUUUCUGAAAGAGUGAAGGCGGCCCAGACUGAGUUAGGACAGCAAAUCCUGGCCGAUUUUGAAGAAGCUUUUCCUUCCCAGGGCACCAAGAGGCCAGGAGGACCCAGCAACGUUCUACGAGAUGCAUGUCAGGUUGCUAAUAUCUUGGACCCCAGAAUCAAACAGGAAAUCAUCAAAAAGUUUAUUAAACAGCAUCUGUCAGAGUACCUAGUACUUUUUCAAGAAAAUCAAGAUGUUGCCUGGCUGGACAAAAUCGACCGUCGCUAUGCCUGGAUCAAACGCCAGCUCGUGGACUACGAGGAGAAAUAUGGCCGAAUGUUCCCACGUGAGUGGUACAUGGCGGAGAGAAUUGCCGUAGAAUUUUGCCACAUCACAAGGACAGAACUUGCCAAGAUCAUGCGUACAAGAGCUAAGGAAAUUGAAGUGAAAUUGCUUCUCUUUGCUAUUCAAAGAACGACUAACUUUGAGGGGUUUCUUGCAAAACGUUUUUCCGGGUGCACCCUGACAGAUGGAACGCUGAAAAAACUUGAAUCUCCACCUGCUUCCACCAAUCCCUUCCUGGAAGAUGAGCCAGCAGCAGAGAUGGAGGAACUGGUGAUGGAGAAAGGAGAUUUAGAGCAACCUAAGAAGCCUAAAGCCCCAGACAAUCCAUUUCAUGGCAUUGUUUCCAAGUGUUUUGAGCCGCAUCUCUACGUGUAUAUUGAAUCCCAGGACAAAAACCUUGGAGAGCUGAUAGAUCGGUUUGUGGCCGAUUUCAAGGCCCAGGGCCCACCUAAGCCCAACACGGACGAGGGAGGUGCCGUGCUCCCCAGCUGCGCUGACCUCUUCGUCUACUACAAGAAGUGCAUGGUGCAGUGCUCGCAGCUCAGUACCGGCGAGCCCAUGAUCGCCCUGACCACCAUUUUCCAGAAGUACCUCCGUGAAUACGCCUGGAAAAUCCUCUCUGGCAACCUGCCCAAAACCACAAGCAGCAGCGGCGGGCUGACCAUCAGCAGCCUGCUCAAGGAAAAGGAAGGCUCCGAGGCGGCCAAGUUCACCCUGGAGGAGCUCUGCCUCAUCUGCAGCAUCCUGAGCACCGCAGAGUACUGCCUGGCCACCACCCAGCAGCUGGAAGAGAAACUCAAGGAGAAGGUCGACGUGAGUCUGAUUGAACGAAUCAAUCUGACUGGAGAAAUGGACACGUUCAGCACUGUCAUCUCCAGCAGCAUUCAGCUGUUGGUUCAGGACCUGGAUGCUGCCUGCGACCCUGCCCUUACGGCCAUGAGCAAGAUGCAGUGGCAGAAUGUGGAGCAUGUUGGUGACCAGAGCCCCUAUGUCACCUCGGUCAUCCUUCACAUUAAACAGAACGUCCCCAUCAUCCGUGACAACCUGGCCUCCACGCGGAAAUACUUCACGCAGUUCUGCAUUAAAUUUGCAAACUCCUUCAUUCCCAAGUUCAUCACCCACCUGUUCAAGUGCAAGCCAAUCAGCAUGGUGGGGGCAGAACAGCUGCUGCUCGACACGCACUCCCUGAAGAUGGUCCUGCUUGAUCUGCCUUCCAUCGGCUCUCAGGUGGUGAGGAAAGCCCCGGCCAGUUACACCAAGAUCGUGGUGAAAGGCAUGACCCGUGCGGAGAUGAUCCUCAAGGUUGUGAUGGCCCCUCACGAGCCAUUGGUGGUAUUUGUGGACAAUUACAUCAAGCUCCUGACAGACUGCAACACAGAAACCUUCCAGAAGAUCCUGGACAUGAAGGGGCUGAAGCGGAGCGAGCAGAGCAGCAUGCUGGAGCUCUUCCGCCAGAGGCUCCCCGCCCCGCCCUCAGGGCCGGAAGGCUCCAGCUCCCUGUCCCUCCUGGCUCCAACUCCAGAACAGGAGUCCUCGCGCAUCCGCAAACUGGAGAAACUGAUUAAAAAGAGACUGUAG